AACCGAACCGCAUAAGAAAACCAUACUGAACUCGUAAAUAUACCGACGAAUAUGACACUGGUCACGUAUUAAAAUUAUUUCAAAAUUUAGACACUCUUCACAUUUACGGAUCUUAGAGGAGACUUCAGUUAACAACAAGAAUAUCAGAUAUGUACCAAGAAAAGCUCAUUUUACCGGCUCUGAGCUCAGCCAUAGACUGUGAUGUAGGUACUGGAGGUUCGUCAUCAGGCGCGCUUAAAUCUGGAGAUACAGUGAUAGACAAUAAGACUUGUAAAGAUGGUCACGUGAACAAGCAAAAGAAAAGGCGAAUGGAUGGAAAUAAAAGCGCUAACAGUUUGAACAGUGAAUUAAAUAUGGACAGCGACUUGAAAUCACCAGGUUUGUCUUAUAUAGCUCUUAUUUCUAUGGCUAUACAGUCUUCGGAUUCAAAGAAAAUGCUCUUGUCUGAGAUAUACCACUGGAUAUCUGAACAUUUUCCAUAUUAUCAAAUGAAGGACAAAAGUUGGCGUAACAGUAUCAGGCAUAAUUUAAGUUUGAACGAAUGUUUCGUGAAAAGCGGAAGGAGUGAAAAUGGAAAGGGAAACUACUGGUCGAUACAUCCGGCCAAUAUCGAAGACUUUUCAAAAGGCGAUUAUCGCCGUCGGAGGGCCCGGCGGCAGGUAAGAAAAUGUGACGAAGAUUUACAACGUUUGUGCUCAAACAGCCCUGAAGUUGUUAAACCACCAACGCCGACGUCUACUGAAAACAAUUGCCACGAUGGUUAUGUUCCAAUGAUUUCAACGAUCGUGCCGUCCAAUUUCCUGGCAGCAAUGGGAGUAGAACCAGCGAAAUCCUACGAAUAUUGGUACCCAAAUACUUGUCCUCAGCCUGAAGACUGCAAAAAAUCAGUGUACCAUCCGUCUAAUCUUGAUUAUAAAGACUCUGCUAAAGCAGAGACGACGUACUCCGGUACUAACGUACCAUAUUAUGGACGAUGUUUUAAUCGUGAUAACUAUAAUGUGACAUCUCCUGCGGAGUCCACAGUUAACGUCAACGUAAACGUAAAUGUAUGUGGUAAUACAGAGAGCAAUCGGCCAGAAUGCUAUCCGUAUUUAGAACGACAUUUCAGUUCUUUAUCAUCUCAAAAUUAUGGACAAUACUGGCAAGACUCAUACGAUCAGACUCCUUAUUACGGUUAAAAAACUACCAGUCGUUUGUAAAAUAUGAUAUUUAUACAUUCUAACAUGAUCUGGAUUGUUGAGAAACACGACUCGAUUUUUUCUGUCAGUUAAACAUAGAAAGGAAGUGAAGUGUUGUAUAUUCUGCGAUAAAGAACGGUUGACGCGCAGACCAGUGACAAAGUAUUACGGCGCAUGACGUCUAAAUCCUUACCACACGGAUGAAUGAAACGGAACUGUAGGAUAUCAGCCGAUAAACAGAGUAAAAGCAUUGAGUAUUUAGAGCAGACUUCAAUUACAAAUUUUUUUUUUCGAUUAUUUUCGAAAUUAAGUUCAUAGACAACGAAUCAAAUGUUGCAGACUUACCAAGAUCGUGCUCGUUUCUAUUGAAAUUACGGUCAGAGGAAGUUUUAAAUAUUUUGUUAAUCCAGAAUUUAAAUAUUCAUAAUGAUUUAUUUUUGUUUCCUUAUUUAAAUAAAGCUGUGAUUAUG